AUGGCGUCGCUGGAGGCCCAGAUCAAGAAGCAAGUGGAGUUCUACUUCUCCGACAGCAACUUCCGCCGCGACCGCUUCCUGCGCGAGGAGACCAAGAAGCGCGAGGGCGGCUUCGUGCCCUUCAGCGUGCUCUUCACCUUCAAGAAGCUGGCGGCGCUCACCGUGGACGGCGCCGUGCUGCAGGCCGCCAUCGCCGACUCGGACGUCGUGGAGCUCAACGAGGCCAAGAACGCGCUGCGCCGCAAGAACCCCCUGCCCGACCAGGACGAUGCGGCCGAGCGCACCAUUGUGCUGGCUGGCCUGGGCAAGGCGCUGCCCACCAUCGACGAGAUCAAGGAGGGUCUCAAGUCGCUGGACGUGGAGCUGCUCUACAUUGACCGCAAGAGCUUCCGCCGCAACUUCUCUGGUGUGGUGCACGUGGAGCUCAAGGAGAAGGACGCCGUGCAGCGCGCUGUGGACUCGGCCGCGUCGCUGAGCAUCAAGGGCUACGUGCCCAACGUGAUCUCGAUGGUGGACUACCAGAAGCUCUCGAACGACGACAAGGUCGAGUUCGACAAGGCCACCAACGCCAUGCUGGUGGCCAAGGACGUGCCUAACAAGCCCGUCACGUUCUUCCUGGACGAGCUGCUCCCCGUGUGGAAGGAUGACGCCAAGCUGCGAGCGCGCGUGCGUUACUUCGAGGAGUCCAACGAGCUGUACCUGCUUUUCUCGCAGGUGGCGUUCGCUGAGAAGGUGCAGAAGCUGCUGUCCGAGGAAUCGCCGGUUGUUGUGGACGAGAAGAAGAUUGCUUUCGAGCUUGUGACCGACAAGGAGGCCAUUAAGGCUCGCCCCCGUCGCCCGGAGAACGAGAAGGAGGGUAAGAACGUGGACAAGAAACGCAAACGCGAGGACGAGAAGGUUAUCCACAUCUCGAACAUUGGCCCCCGCACGCGCCUCGAUGACAUUAAGCAGCUCCUCGCUACGGUUAUUGACCCGGCUGCUCACUCGCCGUACGUUGAGUACGAUGGCCUUGACAUCGCGUCGUUCAGGAUCGGUGUGGCUGAGGCGACCCCGCUGUUCGAGAAGCUGUCGGCGCUUUCGAAGCCGGAGCUUGGCGGCAAGAAGAUUUCGUUCCACCUGCUGGAAUCUGGCGAGGAGCUGAAGGUUGACGUUCAGUACGACGCCGGUCUGAUUGUGCACUUCGAUGAGGUGGAUGGCGAGGUUUCGCGUGAUGACAUUAAGAACACCAUCAACGAGAAGCUCGGUGACAAGGCCGCUGACGGAGAGGGUGUCGCGUUUAUUAAGUACCAGAUCAACGACAAGGACGGCUUCCUCCGUGUCACCACCGCUGAGCUCGCGAAGGAGGUCGUGGCCAUGUUCGCGGACGGCGGACUCGAGGUCAACGGCGUGAAGAUUCCGAAGGCUAGCAUUGUUGAGGGCGAGGAGGAAAAGCAGUUCUGGGAGGAUGCUCGUUCGGCUCGCUACAAGCGCUUCAAGCAGGCGCGUUCCAACCGCAACCAGAUGCAGCGCGGCCGCGGCGGUCGCGGUGGCCGUGGUGGCCGUGGCGGCCGUGGUCGUCGCCACUAA